AUGGCAUCAUCUGGUCAACUCUCACUGGAAGAAUUCACCACACUAUGGAGCGAAACAUCACCUUCAACUCGAGCUAAUGAUCCUGAAUCUAAUCAUGUAACCAAACGAGUUUUUGCUUUUUUCGAUCGAGACCACUCAGGGAAAGUGGACUUCAGUGAAUUUAUAUUGGCGUCCGUCUUGAUGGCACCUGGUACACCGACACAAAAACUUGCACUUCUUUUUGUUCUAUGCGAUUUCAAUAGUGAUGGUUUUCUUUCAAUGGAAGAAAUUGAACAUAUGUAUCUCAUAACUAAGGCAGGUGAAGAAACGCUCGAUCAAAAAGAAUACGAAACAUUCAAGGCUCACUUAAAAACAGUCUUUCCGACAUAUGAUGUCAACAAGGAUGGAAAAAUGACUCAAAAGCAAUUCCGUAAUCUUUGCACCAAUGACGACAUUUUCAAGCGACUGGUAGCUUGA